AUGGAUCAAAACUUCGGACCAUCUAGGAGUGACAAUCCCACUGGGGUAGGUCUGGAGGAAAAGGGAUCCGUUCAUCGUGCAAGGGAGAUGCUGACUGCCGGCUCGCAUCACGACCUUGGCACUCCUGGCCCUAACACGGCACCCCUACCGCUGUUUCAUUCUGCGCACUCUAUGGCCGUGCCUCGUCAAUCCCAUGAUGUAGCACAAGCAUCAAGAUGUUCGCCACCUAUGCGACAACCGCGACCAGGGGAGCCUGUGUCACCCCGACAAAAUAUAUCCUCUUCUGCCUUACCAUACCCGCCUUCCUACCGAUUUGAACAGAAACCAGGCCGAGUUACCGAGGGCCCCAAUCUCAAACCUCCUAGCUCUACGAGUGUACCUCCCCAGAUGCGUGACAGGGCCCGGUCGGGAGGUUCAGCACCUCCAUUUCCUACUCCUCGUAAGGACCAGAAUCAAAUGGUGAAGAGUGCCUCACAGAACUCUGGCCCUGGGUCGCAAACUUACGGGCGAAGACCCCCUCCUGUCCCACCCACCAUAUCCGAGGAGUCAUUCUCCCAACAUAGCCCGUUAGAAUCCCCGUCGCGCCAAGUCGUUCCAUCUAGCUGGUAUUCUUCACAGACAGACAUUGAUAUCAUCGGGGCUUAUAUGGAUAGCGAAUUGGAUGACAAGCAUGGAUCCAAAAUCGCUCAAGCUAUACCCGUGAGGCAGGCAAGUCCGAGAAAGAUAGAUGGUGCUGGAAAGGGGGUUGCUUCAGAUUCUCAAGCCGGAGAAGACGGCUCAUACAAGCCUGAAGGAAGGCCGUCAUCUGAUGCUUUCAACCUGGAUCCUGAAAAAUAUCCCUUCGGUCAAUCCUCACAACCGGUGAUUAAGGACACCGCCAAUAACAACAGCAGUCAUGUUAAAGAAGCCAGAACACUAUCUAAAGCCGCACCGACGAUGAGUGAUAGAAGACCGUUCGGCCGCCGGCCUCCCCGCCUUGAUAUGGAUGCCGUCCAGGAGGCACAGGCCAGGGGAAGUCUUACAAGUUUGAAGGAUUUGAUCGAGCGUGCUACCAGGCUGGCUUCAAAUCUGGAGCGCGGUCGCACUGCUAGUAGAAUCAAUCUGUCCUCGGGCCAUAUGCGUAAUGAAUCUUCUUCGAUAUCAGGGAUCUUGGCCGCCUUUCCUCCUCCUGCGAUGCACACAUCGGAAAGACCUGGUUCCACCUUUUCACAUUUUCUUCCAAGGUCGAACCUGCGAAGAGUAGAAUCACUUCACUCGGAGCCUGACGCGCAAGGAGCGCCGAAACGCCAAAGACGUUGCUGUGGGAUGUCACCGUGGAUGUUCAUGCUCGUCUGUGUCCUAGCCCUGGUCGCCAUCCUCGUCGCUGUCCUUGUUCCCAUUUUCGUCGUCGUGGUCCCUCGGCAACAAGAUUCCGGCAACUCGGUAUGUGAGAAAUCGCUGCCUUGCCAUAACGGCGGAGUCAGCGUGUCAAGUGGGAGUAUCUGCUCGUGCGUGUGCAACAACGGAUAUACGGGAAAUCAAUGCACGACCCCGGGAGACACUAGUUGUGUCACGACUCAGCUCAGCCAGGACUCCCAAUCCAACAACGUCACGCUUGGUAGCGCUCUUCCGCGCUUGCUUGAAGACUCGCAGGCCAACUUCAGUAUUCCACUCGACCAUACAACCAUCCUUGCUCUCUUCAGUCAGGCCAACGUCUCCUGUACAACGGAAAAUGCUCUUGUGUCGUUUGCGGGUGUUAGCAGCAACAGCAAGAGGGAAUUGAAAUUGAAAUCCACCAUUGUGUCACUAGACGCGCAAUCUCAUCCAGGCACACCACCGUCUUCAACAUCAUCAGGGCUUCCGACGCAGACCAUCGCCGCUCGAGGUUCAGCUUCUACUAUGGACGGUAUUGUCUUUGACGAUUCGUCCCAGACAACCGGGACUACCGCUACGGCUACUACGACUACGACGUCCGCAUCGAUGACCACCACGCAGUCAGCAUCAAUGGCUCAGCCUACCUCCACGCACUCUGCAUUGUCCCCCCUGAAACUCGAUUUCUCCCGGAUCUCUGUCCUUUUCAUCUUAGAGAAAACAGGUCUACUGGCAGCAGCCAUGGACUCUGAACAGAGAAUCCAGUCAUAUUUAACUGGCGACAGCACAUCUGGCACCACAGGGAACAAUACUUUAGAAGUCUCCAAUUACAAUUUCAAGGGUUCUGGGUUCACGCUCGACUUUGAGAACUUUUCAAUCACCAUGCCUAAUGGGACUGUUGUGGGUGGGAAAUGA